CCUGGAAUCUCCUGACAUAUAGACAUACAUAAUGUGGCUGGAAGAAUCCCAAAUGAAAUCAAAAGGUGCCCAGCAUCCCCAGCGGAUCCCUUGGGUUUGUGCUGUUGUUUCCAUCUCGUUCCUCAGUGCUUGCUUUAUCUCAACUUGUUUUGUGACUCAUUACUUCUUACUCUGGAAGAGAGGAAGCGCGUUGAAGUUCUCAGACUACCACACAAGGCUAACGUGCAUCCUAGAGGAGCCACAGCCCGGAGCUACAGGAGGUACCUGGACCUGCUGUCCUGUUAGCUGGAGAGCAUUCCAGUCUAACUGUUACUUUCCUCUUAAUGACAACCAGACCUGGCAUGAGAGUGAGAGGAACUGCUCGGGGAUGAGCAGUCAUCUGGUGACCAUCAACACAGAAGCAGAACAGAAUUUUGUGACUCAACUUUUGGAUGAACAAUCUUCCUAUUUCUUGGGACUUUCUGAUGAGAAGGUGGAAGGUCAAUGGGAAUGGGUGGACAAGACGCCAUUCAACCCAAACAUGGUAUUCUGGAAAGUUGGGGAACCAAAUGACUAUACGGAAGAAGACUGUGUUGUCCUUGUUUAUGACCAAGAUAAAUGGGUCUGGAAUGAUUUUCCUUGUCACUUUGAGAUGGGAAGGAUUUGUAAGUUACCUGGAGCAACAUUUGAUUGGAAUCCCUCAAAGUGAUCCUUAUGAUGGGGAUGGAGAAGAUAAGCCUAUCAGACCCAGGGAAAGUGUAUGUGUCAUAGAAAUAGAGAACACAUUGGGUCAUAGAGCAUAGUUAA